AUGGGGAUAGAGCAAGAAGAUGAGUAUUCUGGAUCUGAUACUGAUGAUGAAGAAAAUCCAGAUGAUCAACUGAUGUUACUUGACCUAUACACCUUUGAUGCUUGCAGAAUAGAACAAUCAGAUGAUGGAGAACUGGCCUACUUGUCUCAACCUUCACCAAAUGCGAAGAUUUACAUCCUCCCUACCAAAUAUGACAAGCCUAUACCAGUCAUUGCAUAUUUUGACACUGGAGCUGCUUCUUCUAUCAUCAAACCGGAUAUCCUUCCGGAUUCACAUUGGAAUACAUGUUCAGUUUCAUUUAAGGCAGCUAAUGGUCAAACAUUCCACAUCUCCCUCGUUAGUAAGCCAAUCUACAUCCAACUCUUUCCAGGAUAUAUGAUCAAAACAAAAGUAUAUGGUUCAGAACUCCCUGGAAAAGACUUCAUCCUCGGAUUUGAUGUUCUUCAUAGCCUCCAAAGAGUCACAUGGCAUCCAAAAGGAUUAAGGCACAAAAACCAACUGCUACCCUGGACGACAGUGUCUCAUCUCUAUCCUAUAGAGAUCCUAUGUCCAAUCAAGGAAGAAAUUGCUAAAACCUCUUGUGCCGCCUCUCAUUCAGAGUUUCUCACAAAAUGCUCAACACCAUUGUGGAAGAAUCCAGAGUUUUUCAUAUCUCUGCCUUUCAAGAAGAAUGAAGAUAUCAACCCUACCAAGGCUAGUCACCCAGGAAUGAAUCCAGACCAUUACAAUCUUGCGAUUGAAGAAGUUGAGCAGCUACAGAAAGAAGACCUCAUCGAAAAAACUGAUUCACCGUGGGCUUGUGAAGCUUUUUAUGUCAACAAGAGAGCGGAACAAGUACGAGGCAAGCUAAGACUAGUCAUCAACUACCAGCCUCUCAACCAUUUCUUGGCCGAUGACAAGUUCCCACUGCCAAAGAGGGAAGUUCUGUUCCAAAAACUCCCACAAACACAAAUCUUCUCAAAGUUUGACUUAAAAGCUGGUUUCUGGCAACUGGGAAUUAAACAUGAAGAUAGACCGAAGACAGGUUUUUGUGUACCAGACCGGCACUAUCACUGGAAAGUCAUGCCUUUUGGAUUAAAGGUAGCUCCUUCUCUAUUCCAGAAAGCCAUGAUAAAGAUCUUUGAGCCAAUCCUCUCGAAUGCGCUGGUCUACAUCGACGACAUACUACUGUUCUCUCCAGAUAUUGAUUCCCACACCGUCCUAUUAACGAAGUUCCAUGACAUUGUGCAAUAA